AUGCGACCGUCGUUGUCCCACUCUGUUCGCUCGCCGACCAUGCCUCGUCGCAAACGCAAACCGCGCCCGCAAUACCCUCAGGACUCUACCGAGCGCCAUGUCGAGUACAUUCUGGUUGCCUCAUUCGACAUUGACACUGGCUCUGUCAUGGAACAUCAGUACCCCGCUCCAAUCGGUGGCGAUGAGCACAUGCUGGCAGAACUGAUGUUGCCCGAUCAGACCCAUUUGCGUAGCCAGGACUGGACCGUCUUCUUUCUACACAAGGAUCAAUCUCCUGAGGACGAGUUGCAGCAGAGAAGAGAUCAACGCAGACAAAGGAGGGCCGAAAAGAAAAAACAACGAGCCGAAGCUGAAUCCAAUCAAGGCCUUACCGAGCAAGAAUUGGCCAACGAUUCAGAUGAUAAUACUGAAGAUGCCGAAUCAGAAGAUGACGCUGUCAAGAGUACCCAAGGCACACCUCUGGUCUAUGUACUGAAUCUUGUCAACACCAAACACGAUGCCAAUGUCAAGCGUGGUGCUGUUGUCAAAGCCAUGGCCAUUUGUACCAGACACUCGUUCUUGCACAUAUACAAACCACUACUUCUAUUAGCACUUGAGGAUUACUUUCGUUCGCCGACCAUCGAGACACUGGCUUCCUUAUAUGAAUCUGUCAACGCUAUGGACCUCUCGCUACUUCCACGACUGUCUUUCCAGGAGCGCUAUAUCCUGCAAGCUUCUGAUGUCAAGGAUAUGUUCAUCGAGAAAUUCGAGUCCAUGGUUCACAAGCGUAUUCAGGAGGACAAGGCCAAAGAUCAAUCAGACGAGAGACAGCUCCAACAACAGACUCCCCGUCAACGAUACGGCUUACCGCGAGAUACGCACGAAUUCGAUACCGUCGUACAUUACAACAAGAUUCCUGUUCCCAUCAAGAUACCCACUGCAUUGUCUCUCGAGACUGUCGGCGAUUUUUCACUCAUCAAACUCAUUCAGACUUUUAGCGCACCGCACUCGGCAUCACCUCAACCUUUUACUCAGCACCACCCACAUUUGACCACAUCUGGUCCUCUUACACAUCCUAUUAUUGUACUUCUCAAUGCAUUGCUCAGUCAAAAGCGCAUUAUCUUCAUCGGCCACAAUUUGCCUUCAUCCGAAGUGGCAGAAGCUGUAUUGGCUGCUUGUUCACUCGCUUCUGGCGGUUUCCUCAGAGGCUUCACGCGCCACGCCUUCCCAUACACCGAUCUUACAAAAAUCGAUGAUCUCCUCAAAGUUCCAGGCUUUAUUGCUGGUGUCACAAACCCAGCCUUUGCUACUCAUACCCAGUGGUGGGACGUCAUGUGCGAUCUGCCAACAGGACGCAUCAAAAUCAGCCCAAAGAUUGAGCAAGCCCCCUUGACAGAGGGCGUACUAUUCUUCCAGCAGAGCGGGAUUCCGCAACCACAUAACGCACCGGGAGCUGUUUCAGCAGCUGGUACAGCUACGGGUGCAGGCAUGAGCGGCUUCCCUUCCAUUCCCUCCGGGUCUGGAGAUCCUACGGGCGACGUGGCAUUCAUGUCCAGCGUGCUCGCCGCAAUCGCUGAACGCCGGGGAGAAGGCGCGGUCCGAUCGAAGUUCCGAAACUGGAUUCUCAAAUUCAUCCGUAUAGUAGCAUCCUUCGAAGAGCUUGUUUACGGCGCUUCAGCGAUCUUCGCGUACUAUCCCCCAGGAUCGCCUCUCUCGCCAGCCACGGCCACUAUGGACUUUCCUUCACCGAUGACAGUAUUGGAUGCUGCACUCGAGGAUCCUGCUGUCGCGGGUCAUGGCUACGUGUGGCCAUCACAAGAAGCCAAGAUGCGUGAAUUAGCUGCCAACGCUACACGUAUUGAAGGCUGGACAAAGACUCGUAGUUACUAUAAUUUCAUCCAAGACUUCAGCGUUAUUUUCGCGUUGCGUCCGGUUCAAGAUCUCGAUCUUCAACACUUGCACGACAAAUUGACAAAACUACGACUCGGCAGCGAUGCAUCUGCAUCGGUUUACCUCGCCAUCUGUGCCAGGGUGAAAACAUACGAGCAGAUCAACCAGCUGCUUUCCGUUUUCGCAUACGCCAGCUCCGCGGUAACGAACGACAGGCAGAACGGCAUGUUCUAUCUAGCACUCGGGCUUAUGCACCCGAGACUCGAUGUCAGGGAAACGGUCGCUGAUCUCAUCGACAAGAUCAGAGUACACGAAGCUGGCAGACAUUUCUGGGCUGCGCUCGGCAGAUUCGAGCAAGCUGCUUUUGACAGAGUUGUGCUUGCAAGAGCUGAGAGGGAGGAUAACGGGGUACUGGGUUGA